AUGAAGAUGAUGAUUAUGAUCAGCUUGAAAACAAGAAGAGAUCCCACAACGGAUUCUAAUUCAGCGUACAAUUCUGUUCCAAAUCACGGUGGCUCCACCACCCCAAUUUCCAAAAUUGCAGAAACUUGUUUCCAUCAGAAACUGAGAUCAAGAAGGAGGAAAAACUUUCCAGGAGAUGAAAAUUUUGUCAUUUUUGCAAGAACCCAGUUGGAUUCCAGAGCUUCAAGUUCAAGAAAAGGAUUUGAUGAAGAGAUCUUUGGUGACUCUGUAACUCAGACUGAGUAUGAUUACAGCUUGUAUUCGGAUGAGGAUGGGGAGGAGGCGGAGGAGGAGGAAGAAGAAGUGCAUGAUAAUGAAAGGUAUUUUCAUGGAGAAACCACGGCGAAAGACCACUUGGUGGCAGACAUAAUCCAUGGUGGCGAAUCACUUGUGUUUUUGCACAACAACACCUUCCACCGGAGCCAACAAACUCAUGUUCAGGAAUUUACAAAUCCGCAACAUGACAAAGUGGUUGAAGAUCAUCAAGAAUAUCAAAGUUUUGACAGUAGUCAAUAUUCAGCUCGGGACUCAUCACCAUGCUCAGAAUCUGAACAUGAAGAUGAUGAUUAUGAUCAGCUUGAAGAACAAGAAGAGAUCCCACCAACGGAUUCUAAUUCAGCGUACAAUUCUGUUCCAAAUCACGGUGGCUCCACCACCCCAAUUUCCAAAAGUGAUUUUGUGGGAAAUGACCAAAACUGUGACGUUGCAGAAACUUGUUUCCAUCAAGAAACUGAGAUCAAGAAGGAGGAGAAAAACUUUCCAGGAGAUGAAAAUUUUGUCAUUUUUGCAAGAACCCAGUUGGAUUCCAGGAAGCUUCAAGUUCAAGAAAAGGAUAUUGAUGAAGAGAUCUUUGGUGACUCGUGUACUGUUGGGUCUACUUCCAAGAGCUCAUCAGAAUGGAGGAGCUCAAUCAAUUGCAGAGAUUCAGGAACAGAAGAUCCAUUUUCUUCUUCCUCCAGAAGGAGUUGCCCCAAGUGGGAGUCCUAUACAGUUUUUCAGAAAUAUGAUGAAGAAAUGAUGUUCCUCGACAGAGUUAGCGCACAAAAGCUCCAUGAAACAGAGUCCCUGAGAUCUAUCCAAGUCUGUCCAAGGUCAAUUUCGGACAGGAUUGUUCAAAAGUUUGCAACAAUAAACAAGAAGCCAUCAAACAUACGUCAUAACCCAUAUCAUGAACUGGAAGCUGCUUAUGUAGCUCAGAUUUGCCUGACGUGGGAGGCUCUAAAUUGGAACUAUAAGAACUUUCAAUGCAAGAGAGCUUCACGGCGAGACUUUGACCCGGGUUGUCCCGCCCACAUUGCGCAGCAGUUUCAGCAAUUUCAGGUUCUUUUGCAGCGAUACAUAGAAAACGAGCCCUAUGAACAGGGACGAAGACCUGAGGUAUAUGCUAGGAUGAGGCUUUUGGCUCCAAAGUUACUUCUAGUUCCGGAAUAUCGAGAUUCUGAAGACGAUCAAUCAAAGGAUGAAGGUUUUGCCUCAAGAAUUUCAUCGCCUGCAUUUAUUAUAAUAAUGGAAGAAGGAAUCAGAACGUUCAUGAAUUUUCUCAAGGCGGAUAAAGUGAAAGCCUGUCAAAUUCUCAAGUCAUUCUUUGGCAGAAAUCGAAGAGGCUCAGUUGAUCCAACUCUUCUUCAACUCAUGAAGAAAGUCAAUAAGAAAAAGAAGACGAAGCUGAAAGAUCUGCGGCGGUCGCGUAAAUGCCUGAGGAAGAGGAAGCUGACGGUGGAUGAAGAGGUGGAGAUUUUGAUGGGUUUAAUAGACUUGAAAGUGGUGUCUAGGGUUUUGAGAAUGAAUGAUUUAAGUGAAGAACAGUUGCAUUGGUGUGAAGAGAAGAUGAGCAAAGUGAGUGUUAUGGAAGGCAAAUUACAAAGAGAUUCCUCUCCACUUUUCUUCCCAGCACAUUGACCCACUUUUACACAUUACAACUAUUGCUUGAUGACUAGACCAUGAACGUGCAUUUCUCGAUAUAUUGAAUAUCCUAAGCACCUAACACUUUUCUUUUUGUAUAUACAGUAUUAUACAUAAAAAAAAUAAACGGACUUAUCGCGUCAUCUAUAAGACUGUGUUCAUAUGUCUAUCCCGUCUUCGACUUUUUUCUUCUUUGUGGAAAUAUAUAUAGAGAGGGGCCUACAAAUCAAAGUGGCUACAUGUGAGUGACAUGGAAUUUGGAGAUAUCGAUCGAUGAAAGAGAAAAGAUGGUGUGGUGUAGGGUUUGAGGAUGAACAAUGAAAGUGAAAGAGGAGGGACAAAGCAAAGAACACGAAGAUGGAGACAAAGGUAGCUUUAGUUUGCUUUAAUAGAUAGCUUUAUUAUAUUUUUUGUAUUAGGGUUUACCUGUAAUUAAAAGAAGAGAAGAGAAGAGAAGAGAAAGCAAAGCUGCUACGACUCAUGCAGUGGAAUAAAAAAGAGGGUGACCCACUUCGUUUGGGAAUUGAAAUUACAUCAAAAUAAAUGAAAAAAAAAAAAAAUUCCCCUUUAAGGUGUAUGUAGACUCUGUAGAAGGUAUAAGUUUUCAUUCUAUAUAUGCGAUGUGAUAGAUCAGAUCAUAUCUUUAUUUUUUUUUUUAACAGUAAGUGCUUGGCAGUCACUUUCAUUGAUUCUUUAGAUUCUCGAUCUGAUUCCU